UUGUUGCUCAGGUGCGCCGGGCUCCGGAGCUUGCGCGCCCUCUUUUUCGCCUGGCCUGCCCUAGCGUUCCCACGCGGAAGGCAACCGCCAGAGACGAGGCGCGGCGCCGCACCGCCCAGAGCUGAGGAAGCCGGCGCCGCUUCGCGGGCUCCGGGCCGCCUCUCCCAGCCAUGAGUUACGGCCGCCCCCCGCCCGAUGUGGAGGGCAUGACCUCCCUCAAGGUGGACAACCUGACCUACCGCACCUCGCCCGACACGCUCAGGCGCGUCUUCGAGAAGUACGGGCGCGUCGGCGACGUGUACAUCCCGCGGGACCGCUACACUAAGGAGUCCCGCGGCUUCGCCUUCGUGCGCUUCCACGACAAGCGCGACGCCGAGGACGCCAUGGACGCCAUGGACGGGGCCGUGCUGGACGGCCGCGAGCUCCGGGUGCAGAUGGCGCGCUACGGCCGCCCCCCGGACUCGCACCACAGCCGCCGGGGACCCCCACCCCGCAGGUACGGGGGCGGCGGCUACGGACGCCGGAGCCGCAGCCCCAGGCGGCGUCGCCGCAGCCGAUCCCGGAGUCGGAGCCGCUCCCGGUCCCGGAGCCGGUCGCGCUACAGCCGCUCGAAGUCCCGGUCCCGCACUCGCUCUCGGUCCCGCUCGACCUCCAAGUCCAGAUCCGCGCGGAGGUCCAAGUCCAAGUCUUCGUCGGUGUCCAGAUCCCGCUCGCGGUCCAGGUCCCGGUCUCGGUCCAGGAGCCCUCCCCCGGUGUCCAAGAGGGAAUCCAAGUCCAGGUCGCGAUCCAAGAGCCCCCCCAAGUCACCCGAAGAGGAAGGAGCCGUGUCCUCUUAAGAACAUGCUGCGGUCUCCUGUUUGAUAAAAGAAUAUUGGCCAGUAUUGCAGAUUUUAACUGAUUUGGCUGAUCCUCCAGGGACCAGUUUCUGUGGGCGUGUAUUGGAGCAGGUUUGUCUUUAAUGUUAAAGAUGCACUAUCCUCUUAGAGAAAAACAAUCAGUUCAACUAUUGUUGUACUGACUGGGACUUCAUAUUCUAAUGGAUGUGGCAAACGAAUUGCAAUAAGAAGCACUGAACUUUUGGAACCCCAAAAGAAAGCUAACAGGUAUUGCACUGGGUGGGGAAAGGAUAGUGUGUCUUUAACUCUCAAAUUGUUUGGUCCUAUUUUUUAAAAGGAAAGAGCCCUAAGUAGCACAGAUAUUAAAGCAUUAGUUAUUCUCAAUUGCCAAAUAUUUCAUUUGAAAUAAUUUUAAAAAACAAGCUAAUUCCAAUUUCAAGUUGUUUUGUUUGGACACAGCCCUUUUUUUUUUUCCUUUUUCUUUUUUUCUCCCCUUUACCUUGCCUUUUUCACCUUGGUUAUUUGGCCAAGAAUACAUAAAUUCAAACUUGUAUAUGUUGGUGGUAGCAUUUGUGAAAAUUUCCUAAUUGGGCCUUUAAAAAAAAAAACCUGAUAAAGGCUGGUGGAACCUUAUUGUACCCUUCUCCUUUCACCAGAGCCUUAGUAAGUACAUGCCUGAAACUGAAACCAUGUGCACUUUGGUAUCUUCCUAGUACUGGAAGGUAAACUGAACUUGUUUUUUUUCAAACCUAGAUGUAUCGGCAAGCAACUUAAUGGCGACUUGGGGGAAAAGGACCACAUACUCAGUCCAUCUAAGAAGAGUCCUUGGAACAAGCAACUGGCUAUUGAAAAGGUUAUUUUGUAACAUUUGUCUAACUUUUUAACUUGUUUUAAGCUUUGCCUCAGGUGGCAAACUUCAUUUUAUGUGCCAUUUUGUUGCUGUUAUUCAAAUUUCUUGUAAUUUAGUGAGGUGAACGACUUCAGAUUUCAUUAUUGGAUUUGGAUAUUUGAGGUAAAAUUUCGUUUUUGUUAUAUAGUGCUGACUUUUUUUGUUUGAAAUUAAACAGAUUGGUAACCUUAUUUGUGGCCUCCUGACUUUUAAGGAAACGUGCAGCCAUUACACACAGCCUAAAGCUGUCAAGAGAUUGACUCAACAUUGCCUUCAAUCCUUAAAAUUAAAAACCUACAAAAGUUGGUGUAAAUUUGUUUGUAUAUGUUAUUUACUUUCAGAUCUAAAUGGUAAAUCUGAACCCAAAUUUGUAUAAAGACUUUUCAGGUGAAAAGACUUGAUUUUUUUUUGAGGAUUGUUUAUCAAACACAAUUCUAAUCUCUUCUCUUAUGUAUUUUUGUGCACUAGGCGCAGUUGUGUAGCAGUUGAGUAAUGCUGGUUAGCUGUUAAGGUGGCGUGUUGCAGUGCAGAGUGCUUGGCUGUUUCCUGUUUUCUCCUGAUUGCUCCUGUGUAAAGAUGCCUUGUCGUGCAGAAACAAAUGGCUGUCCAGUUUAUUAAAUGCCUGACAACUGCACUUCCAGUCACCCGGGCCUUGCAUAUAAAUAACGGAGCAUACAGUGAGCACAUCUAGCUGAUGAUAAAUACACCUUUUUUCCCCCCUUCCCUCCCAAAUGGUAAACUCUGAUCAUAUUUACAUGUAUGAACUUACGGAAAAUGUUAAGGAAGCAAAUGGUCUGUAACUUUGUAAGUACAUAUAACAUGGUGUAUCUUUUUGCUUAUUAUGAAUAUUCUGUACUAUAACCAUUGUUUCUAUAGUUUAAUUAAAAUGUUUUCUUGGUGUUAGCUUUUCUCAGAA